CAACAGCAGCGUAUUGUCGCCCACGCAUACAGGAAUACGGCAUGGGACAUUAGUGGAUUGUAUAGCCAUGCCCCCGAGGUCCCUUCUUGUCGAUAGCUUUAUUUGUAGGUCUUGUUUAUCCAAUUUACGAAAGAAGCGAAACCCUACGGCACUAUGGGCGCUCCGGCGCUCUUCGCAAGCUACCCGGCCCCUCUCCUCAACGCCACAGUCCCGUCUAUCUCAAAGCGAGCAAGAGAUCGAGCGUCAAAAAACUCUCGAAGCUCUGGGUCUAUCGAAAAAGAGAAAAGAUGAUGAGGUAUUAGUCAAUUAUUUUGAGCAAGGCAAGGGAGGGGAAUUGCGUCGUCUGAAAAACAAUGACGAAUUUGGGCAGUCGUUGAUAGACCCGGGUGGUAAAGCCGAGGCACGUUUGAAGGAAAUGGAGGAGCAGCUGGAACAAGCAACCCAAUUUACCAAGAUCGUUGAGGAUAUAUGGGGAAAACACGGCGCUGAGAAGCUACGAAAACGAGCCGCCUCUCAAGAUGAGGCUUCACACAAACCCUCACUUCUAUUGCCUGAGAAGAACUGGCCAACUCCGGAAGACCAGAAGCACAUCGCCCAAUUGAAUAAUAUGAUACGAACUGUUGGUAUAAAAACUCGGGGUGGGAUCGUAAAUCAGAAGCGGACCAACUCGCUAUGGAGAUAUUAUUCUGCCGCGCGAAUAUCUUUAGCAAAGAAACCAGAAUUGGUUCACGCAGAUAUAUGGGACUUCCUCUGGCAGGUUCUCGGCGCCGACCAUGCGAAUAAUCCAAAUCGCAUGUCCCAUAUCCACACCCUAGCGAAGGAUAUGGAAAAGGCUGGUGUGGCCCUGAGUGAUGAACAGCAACUGCUUGCAAUCGAGGCCUCGUUUAUAACCGGUCCUAAGGAAGACGCAAUUACUGCUCAUAAGAAGUUGGUCACUACCCUUGGGACCAAAUCAGAGACUUUCGUGGAAUUUUGGCAGCUUGGCCUUAGGAUGUAUUGUUUAACGGGCGACAUAGAACGAGCCGAGCGAGUUGCCAACAGGCUCCUCGAGUCUCCUCACGAGAAGGAUGCUAGAUUUUUAUUAUCGUUGAUUCGGACGUGCGCCAAGAACCCCAUCACGGUCCAAAAAGGAUUCGAAUUAUAUCAGCGACUGCGAUCCGCCCUAGGUGACACAAUCACUAUCGAGGACUAUGACCAAAUCAUCUCCUAUUUCUUAACUUCGAACCAGACGGAGUUCGCGUUUUAUAUAUUCGUCGAAAUGAUGACAUCUAAGGCCGUCGAUCUUCAUGGAGCCCAUAAAGUGCCUCCUAGCGUUGCUAAUCCUUUCUUCUACGGCAAAUGGCUAAAGCGUUUAAUAGGGACCGAUGAUUUGCAGGGUGCUUAUAAUGUCUUGCUCUAUAUGAAGUCCAAAGGCAUCAUGCCUCAAGCCAUCGUUGUCAACGGCCUGAUUGGUGCGUGGUUAAGGUCACAUACAGCUGACAAUAUAGAAAAGGCCGAAGCAGUCGCUUGGGCUAUGAUCAACGCCCGCAUGCAAUUCCUAGGCAUUAGGAAGGACAUGAAGGAUCUCGCUGCUUUCGUUAGGUUACGACAGACUAGAGAAGGCUGGCCUAGAGCAAAUCUAGAAACGUUUUCACUACUCGCGGAGAAUUAUAAAGAGCGUGGGGUACAUACUAAGAUGGAGGAACUCUGGACAGCGUUUAGGAGAGCAGAAAUCGCGCCCAAUUCGUUCAUACUAAACCAACUGCUAUUUUCUUACCUUCAAGAUGGGCAGGGAAAGCAAGUCGCGUCCAUCUCUCGCGAUCUGACAAACCAAUAUCAAGUUGAACCAGACUCGUGGACAUUUUUGGUUCUUUGGCAGUCCCUGCCAGUGAACCGUCUUAUUCAGAUACCAUUAGGAGAUUUCCUUGAGGAAAGAUCGAAGACCCGGGUACUGUUUGCCGAAAUGGUUAGAUCGGCUCAUAUUUUUGCUGGGAGCAGUAUCGACACCCAACUGGCACGAUAUAUCCUACAUUCCUUCCGCAAAUUGGACGAUAAGCAUGGUCUCCUCUUAGCAUAUCGGGCAUUACGACAGAUAUUCAGAUUUGCGCCCCCAGAAUUUAUCGUACUCGAGAUGCACGUAGGAGCGACGGAUUUAGAAAAGGCAGAAAAGGGUAGAGGCGGCCUUCGACUGAUGCACGCCGGGAAACAGAUGGAGAGCCAUUUAAAGCAGAGAUAUCGGGAACUCAUCGCAUCUGGACAGCUUCAACCAGGUGAUGAGCUACCAGAAGAAACAAAAAGGGAGGAACUAGGCGACUUCCUCGAAGCAUUUUUACAGAACCAAAUUCCGAAGAAUGAGAAUUCGGAAAAGUUCCUCGAACAGGCGGCCAUGGAGAUGGGCUUGCAUGGUGAGGUUCCAAGUUUUGAACCGUCUCCCGGGCCAUGAUGAUGUAUAUAUCCAAGAUAAAUUCAGCAUUUGGUUAUUUGGUGUCAACGGACUUAUAAUGGUGUACUUAUGUAACUAGCUAGCUAACCGUGAUCACUAUACUAUUGGCAUUUGAAGGCAUAUAUGCUCUAUCUCUUCCUAUAUCUUCGCUGCUGCAUCUUCUUCUAAACUGUCUCAUGAGAACUCACCUCAUCUACAACUAAUGAACUCUGAUUAUCUCUAAAUAUUAACUAGACGGCUU